UCGUUCGUUCAGUGAGGAAGGUUAGUGUAUUUUGUUCGCGUACGCAUACGUGCUACACAACUCGGAUGCUUGAAUUGAAGCUGUGGGUGCUAAGGAAAUAAAAUUUGCGACAAAUUUGAAAAUAGCUAGACGAAGCCUGUCUAGUGAAGACUUUUAGUUUUAUAGUCUGCAGCCGAUACGCGGCUGUAUCUGCAAUUUAUACCGUGAGGUACUCCGUGUGAGCUGAGUACCGCAGUGUUUACUUUGAUUAUAUCACACAACAAACGAGCCAACAGAGCAACAAUAGCAUUGUUUUGACCAUUGGUGUCGGUUUGAGUGCAGGUAGCUGCUUUGUUUUCAUAACGUGUCACGGUGACGAGCGUGUCGAUGAGUUAGUAGUUGUGACCGUAGUGAAGUAGUAUGAGAACUGAGUCUGCGCAUGUUAAAGACCCCAGCAGGAGUGUCAUAGUGUGAAGAAGAAAAUGCUAGAGAGCUAGUAGAGUCGUAGCACUACCUGAUGGUAUGCUGAGUGAGGUGCAAAUGUUGGCGAUAAUGGAACAAAAACAACCGUGGUUAGAAAAAAGCGUAAAAAGGGAGUGAAAUUACAGCGAAAGUCAGCGUAUACUGAUUUGCAACAGUGCUCAGGAAAAUCGAAAAAGGGUGAUCAUUUAUGCUGCAAGUUGGAUCAAAACCAUAAUAGUGCUCCAAAGCAUUAUCGGAUGCCACAUUGCGGAACUAGGAAGCAACAUCAUUCAGCUCGUGAUGUUAGUACUUGUGACACCCGCUUGUCGGCGGGUACAGUGACCAAUACUAGGAACGCAAGCAAUAGUGAAGUAACGCGAGCUACAACAGUUGCACAUGGUUUAGUAUCGAUUUCUAACAAGGCUCUGUAGGGCUGACGCCUAGCCUAACAAAAGUCGAUUUGCAGUCGGCGAAAACGUUUCGGUCAUAACAGAGUCGCGUGUCGUGAAUUUUGGUGCGGUUUGUUCGCUGCUGCUGAUAAUGGUUAUUUGUAUGAAAAGAGUGCUCUUUGACCCGGCCCGGCAGGUUUCCGAGUGGGCAGCUGAUUUUAAGUCACCGCUUUGACAACCCCGAUACGGAGUAAUUUUUUUUUUCAUCAGACGUGUUUCCAGGUAAUUAACAUGUAUGAUGCGAAACACGGGGGAAACGAAUCGAAAAAGUGAAAGGCAUGAAUGAUUAUAUGAUGAGAAUUGAAGAAGGAAAAACAGGGUGCACAUAAUUUACCAAAAAGAACCAAAAAGAGCAUGAGUGACCGAGUGAAGGGAGAUAUAAAACACAGUGAAAAUAGUGCUAAAGGUCGAUGCCUACGGCAGCGUAAAUAAGAGAUACAUAAAUCAAGGUUGCAUUGUUUCCAGCUGUUCGGAUCGGUUUCAGUUUUUCCUCAAAAUGGCUAGACAAGGGGGCGGCUGCCGCUCAUUUUCCACGCCACUGAUUCCGCCGGCGCUCUACUGCACUACCAACUCAACUCCAGCGCAUUUAUCCAACAACAAGAACAACGAAGAACGAAUCAUUUUCGAGAGCUGCAUAAACAUUCCGGUGCCAUUGUCAGCGAACAGCAACAGCAACAACAACAACAAUGACAACGACUUUAGUACCUUCCGGGCCUUCGUCGCCUCCGACGGCAUCUGCUCAGAUUGUGGUUUUACGCUCGAAGAAAUCUCCACCAUUAUUGACUGUUGAUCAUCAAAAUCUCACCCCACCUUCCGUGGCAGGUGGUGGCCGCGUGUUGCAUAAGGAGUUUUUGGCAGAGAAUCGAACCAACUCACCCUCACUGAAGACGCUGCAUAGUGAUUUAAGUGAACUACUAGUGAAAAACCUAAGUCUGAAACGAGUCAGCGGGGAAAUCCUUGACAAGUGUCCGCCGCCUGAAAGCGGAACGGAAAAUCUGUUGCAAACAAGCAGUAGUUUCAUAGCGCAUUCAUGCGAAAGUAGUGAUAGUGAUAGUCUCAUUCAUAGUCGUAAACCGAACCGCAACUCGCUGUGCGAUACGUUUAGUUCGGUUAACACGCUGAUCAAGUUGAAGCGGGUCUCUAGUGAUAGCAGUAGUAUUAGUGGUUAUAUGAAAGUGCAUUCAGGUGGUGAUUUACAUAGCAUAAAUCCACCACCACAAGCUAAAUUUAAACGGGUUGAAAUAAGCGUCCAGGAGCUACCGGAUACGGAAGUGAUAACUCCACGAAAGAAUAUUACCGUGAAUCACUUUGACCAGCUUCCCCUGGAUGAAAUCGAAAGUGUACCUUUAUUGCGUGAUAGAAAAGUAGUGAUCCGUACUACCGAAAAAGAAGAGUCUGUUCAAGAAGAAGUUGGCUCCGAUCUGGUAAAUCCAGAAAAUUGUAGUGGUACUCUAGGCGUAGAUAACAGGGUUCGUCGCAGAACCUACCGACCGGCGAAAAGUCGGGGUAGCUCAACACUGGAGUCUGUUGAGGAAGAGUUUUCUAAACGACGUAGUUUGCAGUGGCCUUUAGGGUUGGCAGAUUGGGGCAAGCACGUGACAACUUCAACGUCGAUAAUUUCAGAGGAAGCGGCGGACGGCGUUGGGGAGGAACGUAAGGGUAGACAGCACUUCAGACACUCGUGGAACGCACCAGGCUACGAUCUUUUGUUGGAGGAAGAACAACGAGUAGAUUCAAGCAAGGAUUUUGCAUCUAUAGUGCACAAUCUGGCCGGUCUACGAAGUGCCCUCACAAAUGGGGGAACCCAUGAGCAUGCAUCUCUGCUGGAACCACAAUCACCCCAGAUAAGUGGCCUAAAAUCAGCGGUAGUUUCCAGCGGCGGAGCACAAUCUGGCCGCCGGUCAGCGACUGUCUGUGUGCCAACAUCUCCAGUAGUGUCAAUAGCCGAUGGUCAGCAUCCAGUUUCGUUGGGUGGUGCUGUGCCUCGAAAGCGGCGAUUGGAAGCAUUUCUGAAAAGUCUAGUCGGGCGAAGACCAUCAAAGGAACCUCCACCGGUUCCUCCGCCUCCUCCUCCACCGCCUCCUCAAUCCAUCACAUCCAAAAAUGUAGCCACUGCACCCCUUCUGUCGCCAGAGAUUAAGAUUAGUAAGAGUCCUUCCGAGCACAAUCUGGUCGAAAUGACGCGAAGCCGACUGAAUAUUUCCACUACUUCGCUGAGUUCCGUUCACCAGAAACUGUGGUCGGUAGUUCCUCUACUGAAAAAGGAAGUCAGCUGUAAUAGCUUGGCUCCUCCUAAGUCCGUUCCAUUGUUGGGUUCGCAUCCCGGAGGGCUAAGGAAAUGUGAAACAGUCCUCGCUCUGACCACCAUGCAUACGGUGGAACCUAUCAAGCCGAAGAAUCGGUUACGCCAUUGCGUUUCGGUAGCCACGUGCUCCCGCUGUUCUAGUCUCUUAUCGCUCGCAGCCGCCGGAUCUCGGUACUCGCUGAACAUCUCCAACGGAGGAUUUGUCGCUGUCAAUGGCGCUAAUACUAACGGCAUCGACACUCAACCAUCCGCUACCGAAAGUGGAGGAAGCAAACAUGUCAGCAAUUUGCUUCGACUGACCAAAACAUUUUCGGAAUCCUCCUCCUCCACGUCAUCGCCCCGCGCUUCCUCAUCAUCUCCCGCUGUAUCGUCAAGCUCGUGCUCUGGAACAUCCUCUUCAUCACCGUCGGCCAGCAGUAGAGUGUCGGUAACAUCCCGUUCGGCUAUGCUGGCACCACCAAGUCCAACGGGUGUAAGUGGAAAUCAUGUCGUAAUCGUUCCGACCACUCCACUAACUAUGGGCAGUGCACUUAAUCCGAUAGCGAAAUUUACCUGUAAGCUAUGUUUGGGUGAAUUUAAGGGUGAAAAUCUCACUAGGAUAUCGCAGUGCGGAUGCUCGUUUUGUACGGAGUGUAUGACGGCGUACAUCGAGUUCGAGAUCUCCGAGGGUGCGUACGAAGUAUCCUGCCCGGAUGCAAUGUGCCCCGCCCAGGGCAUUAUUGCGAUCGGCGAAAUUACGACACUGGCAUCGCCCUCGUUGGUGGAGAAACACCACCGAUACCGACUGAAUAGAGAAGUGGAACUAGAUAAAUUUCGCACCUGGUGCCCGAGAGCCGGUUGUGAAACUAUCUGCAUGGUCGGCCAGAACCAGCAAUCGAACAGUAACUCGUCUUCCGAUAGAAUAGUUCAACUGCAACCUUCAUCCUCAUCGAAUCUGCCGUCGGCGUGUGCCGUGCACUGUCCCAACUGUCGGGAGGACUUUUGCUCUGGCUGUAAGAAGGCGUGGCACCCGACGAUGUCCUGUGAGGAGAACACCCGACGGUUAGCUGCGGAUGGCCAAACCGACGCGCUCGGAAUCCCGUUUGAUAAUGAUCUCAUUAAGUGCUGUCCGAUGUGCGCCGUUCCGAUCGAGAAGGACGAAGGCUGUGCGCAGAUGAUGUGCAAGCGCUGCAAGCACGUCUUCUGCUGGUACUGUUUGGCUAGCUUAGAUGACGACUUUCUUUUGCGGCACUACGACAAAGGACCAUGCAAAAACAAACUGGGCCAUUCUCGUGCUUCCGUCGUUUGGCAUCGAGCACAGGUAAUUGGAAUUUUUGCCGGAUUCGGGAUAUUGCUGCUGGUGGCAUCUCCGUUGCUGCUUCUGGCGGCUCCCUGUAUUGUGUGCUGUAAGUGUAGAAUCUGUAGCGGUGCUGCCAAGCUGGAGGAAACCGAGGUAGACUAUGAUGAUGCCGCCGUCGCACUGCAAAGUCAUCGAUAAUUCCCGCAGCAAAAGAUGUUGCUUAGCUAAGGUUUUUUUACUAUCUAGGUGUAUCGAUUUCGUGAAGCCUGACUUUCGGAUUGCGAUGAUGGUGUACCAUUGUGGCGAACUGCCGAGAAUGUAGAUGGAAACUCAUUAGUAUUUUCGAGGCUCGAUUAGUAGCUGCGUACUUUUAGCUCGGAUUGGUUGCUAUUUAAAGUCUUCGCAAGAUGAGCUUUUCAAUUUGCCAUGAAAAAUUGUAACAACACUUUCACAAAAUUUUAUUCAACUUACACAGUAUUUAUUGCAUCAAUACUGUUUCUUUUUAAUUUACUUUCUACUGUAAGGUUUAGAUUACUUCUUUAUCAUGAAUUGUCUCUAAUGAUAGUGCCCAUGAGUAAGCUCUGGGUGUGCUUAAAAAAAUACCUAGUCGCCUGAGCUAAAAUAGAAUAUUUCGCUUGAAAACUUGCAAUAUUGUUUCUCGAUUCUCUAGAGAAUACAUUAUGUUCGAUUCGAAUAUUACGAUUUUUUGGAACACUGUUCUUAUUUCUAACGUCUCUCAUCGAUAGAAUAAGCAAAUCUAUAUUUCAUCUUUUCAGAAAUACGAAUUUUCUCGGAAACUUCAACCUCAUUUUCAUUUGCAGUCUUCCUUGGGACACUCUAUCAUUCUGACGAGAUAUAAUAUUUUGGUGUAAAUUCUCGUAGAGCUCUCUGUAAACUUUUCUUCUCCGUUUCAAAAACAUUCGAAUAAAGCUCUCUUUGCUAAUCUUGGUACACUUCGUCAUUUAGGCGCUUGCGCCACACUUCUUUCUCUAGCUUUCCGCCAUAUAUUGAAAAUAAUCCAAGUACCGGUCGUUCGGCCUGCUUCUUUGUCCAACCAUAAAAAUUGACGCAUCCAGCGUAACAAUCUGAAAACCUAGAGAGCGCAAAUUUCGUACUGCUUUUUGCGUGUCUAAUCUUCUACUACUCCUUUAGGUUCGAAUCAACUUAAAAGUUUUUUUUUUUUUUUCAAUCAACGUUUAUUUGACACGGCACAAUUCAAGUAAAUGUUUUACGGAGCCAAUUAUAUCUAGAAUUUUACUUCAUAAAGUAUCUUAAAAACUAAAGACAAAUUUUUUAUCCUCGCUGCCGACUACGAGUUGAAAUUAAAACUAAAACGCGUUUUAAAAUUGAUGAUUUGUUGUUGGGGCGUCAUGAUGUUCUUCAAACAGCCAAAAACAAUGAGCAGCUAUUUGUUAUGUUCUGCUAAACCAAGACACGAACAGUUUUCCUCGGGCCUCUAGAUGCUGGUAUCGUGCGGGGUCUAGUUGCCAGAAUCGGGGGUCCAAACGUGUACUUGCGGUUAAGUUGGAUGUAGGCGGAAGGGAAUAGGACUAGACUGGGGCGUGGAUGGAUUUCAGGAAAACGUAUAUAAGGGACAUGUAGGGAAGGUCACGGAUCGCCAAGACAUCACGAACAGGAACAGCCGGCUGCCUACUUUCGGCCUGCAGAGAAGCUAUUAAUUUAGACCUGGCGUCACGGUGUGCAGGGCAUGACCAAACAACGUGCUCUAUGUCGUGAUAACCUUCACCACAGGCACAGAUACCACUUUCCCCGAGCCUAACACGGUGAAGAUGCGCGAAUCUAUAGUGAUUGGGCAUAAGCCGGGACAUCACCAAGCCUCAAUAGAACUGAGGCUGUUCGUAAAGAUGAAAUAAUGGUGCAUGGGCAUUUUUUCGAUAAUCCCUAGGGUGUACUGAAUUGCAGCUAAUUCUGCGACGUAAACAGAAGCAGGAUUAUCGAGCUUAUCCCUUUCCGACCGAGCCCACACAAUUGUGUAGGUAAAAAAUGACGAAAAACAAAACCUAAAUCGAAGCAAUUCCUAUAUAAAAACACUUCCUUGCUCCGGUUUUUUAUUUUUCGUAGCAUCUGCGAUGUUGACACUAGCUUUGUGACCAAUAAAACAAUGAAUAGGAUGUUCAAAAAGCAAAAAGUUUUGUUUAAGUUACCUACUACCUACGCAAUUAUAUGGACCCGGUACCGAAGCCAGUGGACCCAUCGAGACGUGAUCCGUCAGUGUAGAACAUAUUGUCGCAGAUGAUGUUCCGAUAUUUAUUGGAAAAAUUUUUGGGGAUCUGCUGCACGCGUAAAUGAUCCGGAUUCCACGAGUUUCUUCUAUCAUGGAUGCAUCGAAAAACACAGUAGAAUCAGAAGUAUUUGAUAAGUCGACACGAUUUGGAAUAUUCGAAAAAGGGUUAAUAUUUUGUGACAUGUGAUUGAAAUACAAUGUCAUAAAACGGGUUUGAGAAUUAAGUUCGAUUAACCUUUCAAAAUUUUCAAUCACAGGACGGUUCAAGAUCUCACAUUUGAUAAGAAAACGAGAAGACAGGCUCCAGAAGCGGUUUUUCAAUGGUAGUACUCCAGCUAAGACCUCGAAACUCAUCGUAUGGGUCGACUUCAUGCAACCUAAGGCGAUACGCAGACAACGAUAUUGUAUUCGCUCCAGUUUGAUCAAAUGUGUGUUUGCUGCGUAGCGGAAGCAAAAACACCCGUACUCAAUGACAGACAAUAUCGUUGUUUGGUAAAGCCUUAUAAGGUCUCCUGGGUGGGCUCUCCACCAUUGCCCGCUUAUUGUACGAAGAAAGUUCACUCUUUGUUGACAUUUUUUCAUCUGAGAGUCGAACCAGACACCAAGAUAUUUGUGUACCAAACCUGAGAAAUCGAAAAACCCAUGUAGCUAAUGCGAAAAGCGGCCAAAUCGCCGUGCGUAAAAUGCAUGUGCUUUUCGGACAACUAAUUGUGCAAAAAAUUGUUCAAAAGUGGAGAAAAUCCUUGUCGGUGAAGUUUACCCAAAGAAUGUCAAUAGAAACCGAAUCAAAAGCCCCCUUAAUGUCCAAGAACGCAGACGCCAUUUGUUCGUUGCGAGCAUACGCCAGCUGAAUAUCUGUUGAAAACAACGCAAGACAAUCAUUCGUCCCUUCGGCACGGCGGAGGCCAAAUUGAGUAUCUGAUAGUAGACCAUUUGAUUCGACCCAAUGGUCUAAACGACGAAGUAUCAUUUUUUCCAUCAAUUUCUGGAUACAGGAUAGCAUUGCAAUCGGCCUAUAAGAGUUGUGGUCAGAAGCUGGUUUUCCCGGUUUUUGGAUGGCGAUCACCUUCACUUGCCUCCAAUCCUGCGGUACAAUGUUUUGCUCCAGGAACUUAUUGAACAAGUUCAACAAGCGCCUCUUGGCAAUGCUGGGUAGAUUCUUCAAUAAGUUGAAUUUAAUUCUAUCUUACCCAGGCGCGUUAUUGUUACAGGACAGGAGGGCAACUGAAAAUUCUGCCAUCAUAAAAAGUGAUUCUAUCGCGUCGUGACCCGGAAUCGCAUCGCGAGCAAUGUUUUGCUCAGGAACAGAGUCCAGACAUACCUUCCUGGCAAAAUCAAAUAUCCACCGACUUGAAGACUCCUCGCUUUCGUUGAUGUCUCCCUCGACGUCUCAUUUACGAACCGACGCCAAUAUCCGCGUUUCUUUGCCUUAGCCAAGCUUUUAAGCUUGGUAUCAAGCUCCGAAUACCGUAUAUAGUCGCCAGGUAUACCUCCCUUCUGGAAGGCCAAAAACGCGUCGGAUCUUUGCGUGUAGACAUCGGAGCACUCUUUGUCCCACCACGGAGUGCAAGGCCGUUCUUUGAUCGUUACGCCGGGAUACUUCUUCGUUUGGGCUUGCAACGCGGCGUCGAGAAUCAAGCCCACGUGGAGGUUGUAUUCUUCAAGUGGUGGAUGAUGUUGAAUCGACUCGACCGCUUUUGAAAUCAUUUUCUCGUAUAACUUCCAAUCGACAUUUCGUGUGAGGUCAUACGGAAUGUCAAUUGGUCGCAUGCGAGUUGACCCGUUAGUAAUUGAAAUAAGAAUAAGAUCGAGGAUUACCUUCUAUGUGCAAUCCAACCGUAGCGCAUCGAACAUAAGGAUAGAUCCGAAGCGCUUGGGCGCGCUGGAGGUUUCGGGAUACGUGUCAUUUCGCCGUUGUUUAAAAUAGUCAUGUCGAAGUCGUCGCAAAGGUUGUAGAUCAAAGAGGAACGGUUUUUUUUAAUCAGUUUGACACGGCAAAAUACAUUGUGUGUUUAUAAAGAGGAACGGUUAUCAUUAGAAGGGGAACCCCAAGCCACGCCAUGAGAGUUAAAGUCUCCCAAAAUCAAACGUGGCGAGGGGAGAAGUUCUAUUAAAUCAAAGAGCAGCCGUUGCCCAACCUGUGCUCUGGGUGGAAUAUAUAUUGAGGCAAUACAAAGCUCUUUACCUUGUAUUGUCAUUUGACAUGCGACAACUUCGAUGCCUGGAUUUGAGGGGAGGUUAAUACGAUAGAAAGAAUAGCACUUCUUAAUCCCUAGAAGUACUCCUCCAUAUGGGGUGUCCCGAUCAAGGCGACUAAUAUUAAAAUCAUGGAAGUUAAGAUCAGUAUUCGAAGUAAGCCAAGUUUCACAGAGGGAAAAUGCAUCACAUUUGUUUUUAUUGAUCAAAAUUUUCAAAAAAGAAUCAAUUUUUGGUAAAAUACUUCUACAAUUCCACUGUAUUCGAAUUAGUCAUCGAAGGAUACAAUCGCUGCAAGGAGGGGCCAUUGGGUCAUUGCUUCAAAAAUGAUCUGACUGUUGGGAGGAACGCUUUGAGAAAAUUUUUAGUUGGAUCAGGUAUAUUAAAGUAUUCAAAAAUCCAGUCCACAAUAUCUGAAAAUUUCACCAAUCCAGUAUUUGAUUUAUCAACUGGAUGUGCAAAAGGAACAACUGGGGUUUUAGAUGUUCCUGGAAGUGCUGGGAAUUCCUUCUGAGACUUUAAAUUUCCGAGCCCAGGAGGAAUUUGCUUCGGUUUUACUUCAGCACUUUUUGUAGUGAUUGUAUUUUUCAUUUCACUUUGAGAAAUCCUAGGACCUUUUCUGGGAAGCUUUUUCCUCUUUGUAGACUCCCCAGGUUUUACAUAGGAUGUUUCCGCUAGUGAAUCGUCCGAAUCGGUUUCAUCAGAGGACAGUAGAUCAAAGGAGUUUGAAGUAAAGGGAGAGGUGAUCGCGGUCUUUUUAAGCAUGGCAGCGUAAGAACGCUUAGAACGCUCUUUGAGAGACCGCUUGAUUUUAUCCCUGCGCUGCAUGUACACCGCGCAUGUGGAGAGCUCAUGCUGAUUUUCCCCGCAGUGAAUACAUUUUUCAGCAUUUACACUGCAGGUAGUCUCAGCAUGGUUCUCUCCACACUUGCCGCACCGUGCCUUCUUGCAGCAGUAGGCCACAGUAUGACCUAACUGCUUACAAUUAGUGCAAUUCAUUACACGGGGCACAUACAGGCGCACAGGUAGACGCACCCGGUGGAUCGACACGUGGCUGGGCAGUGCAGACCCGGCGAACGUAACCCGAAACGAGUCUGACGGGGUGUACACUUUUUUGCCGCCGACGAGCGACACUGACCGCAGUUGCUUACAAUCAAUGAUCUUUACAUCGGGGCAUGCGGCGUUCUUAAAGCAACCGAUUCCGCUUUCCAGUAUACACUUAACCGACAGACUCGAAUCGGUCACGACGCCGCCGAUCUCCACGUCUCGAGCGGGAACAUAUACGCGGUAUUCUCGGGUAAAGAGCUCGGAACAGGCUAUAUCGUUGGCCUGUUUCAGGUCAUUGACCACAACACGGAGCUUGUUCGGUCUGGCCUUUGAAAUUUCGGUCACGGCCUUGAAACGUGACGUAAGGGCUUUGGAAAUCUGCAAAAUAUUCAACGAUUUCGACUUCGGCCCUGCUUUUGGCCUAAAGUACACAAAAAACCGGCUGCCCGCCACUCCGUCUGGAUAAAGCCUGGGGCGUGGGGUGACUGGAACAGAGUCAGAAGAGGAUUGAUCAGGAGGGACAGGGUCGAUGGGGUUUGGGGACGGAGGAUCGGGGGGUAAGGGAUCUACAUCCAUUGCGCUUAGGUAAGCGCAAUAGGUCCGACAAGAAGCACGUACCUCUUUCUAAGCGUUUUCUUAACGAUGCUCGACUUCGCUCGAAACGCGGACUCGAAAAAUGACGUCUAUUCGCAACGCACACGUCUACUUUGAUGAACUUAAAAGUUUUGUUGGGAAACCAUUUUUAAGAGAAAUUCUUCAUUACUCGUUGUCUAAUUGAAUAGUACGCUGCCUAUAAACAGAAGAUGAGUCUUCAAGUUAUUUUCAAGGAUUUGAUCCGUCGUAAAUCGCCUUUCCCGACAAGCAACAAACGGCAUUCAACAACGGCCACAUACUUUGCACUUUUACUAGAAUAUCGUAAAUCUGAGAGUAGGCUUUACCAUGAGAGUGUUUAAACGAAAACAACAGAACAGAUUCUUCUCUUACCACACCAAAUAUAUGCAGGAUCUAGUUUUUUGAGUGACCACUGGUUUUGCCGCAGUUGCUUUACUCUCUCCUAACCUUGUCAUCCAUUCGUCAUGGUUUCUAGACUCAUUCGUGCUGUUCCACACUCCACUUGAGAAAUAAAAUAAACAAUGUUUGUUAUCAAAUUUUUUUACAUGACAAAACAAGAGUGGCUCAAGGGCGAUCAUUCCAUCAUUACACUCUAGGGUGGCAGCAAAAAUUGUAAUGUCACCGACCAUGUACAUUUUGUUGAUUGACCUAAAAAAUUAUAAUUUCAGCUCAAUCGGAUAUGAUUGAGGGGUGCCUCAAAGUGUUCAAAGUUUUAAUGUUUUGCCCCUCAAAAAUCGAUAUCCCUUACGAAAAAUCCAGUUCAAAAUGCCUAAUAAACAUUAAAAUGAUUCACCAAACCACAUGUAAAUGAUUUGAAUGUUAAACAUAAUUUUCUAUUGGGAAUAGUUAUUUUCGAGGGUCAAAACACUGAAAUUUUAAGCGCUUUGGGGCACCCCUAAAUCAUGUGUGAUUAAGCUGAAAUUUUGCACAGGUUAUUAUUUUGGGCAAAUAAACAAGAUGUAUAUGGUCAGUUCUUUUAAUUCGAUUUUCCAUACAUCGCAUUGCCACCCUAUUACAUACAGGUGUACGUUUUAUGAAAUGAUCCAUCCUUAUUUUGCUACAUCAAAAAACUAUGAUUUGGAUUUCGAUUUUGGGAUGAUUUGGACGACAAUUGAAUACUAUUGGAUAUUAUGCAGAAGUUAAAUCAUCCAUCUUAAGCACUCAGCUACCAAUCAAACCGAGAUUCAAUAUCUAACAUAAGGGCAGAGCUCGCACUGUAUAUUUAUUUCCCUAUUUGCCAGUAAAAACUAAUGAGGAAAGCCCGUAAGAUCCACAUAUACACUCAAAAAUAAAGAUCCGUGGCUGUUUGUUAGUCAAUGCAAGAACGAAACGAAACGUAAUAAUAGCCAACUAACCAGCUUCCCAGCUGGGUACAAUAAUCUGCUAACCACGGCGACAAAACCGUUGAGUGCAAAACUCUUCCCAUUUUACCUUUGCAACACACACACACACCUUAAAACUUGAUAAUAAUCAGCAGUAAUUAACUCCGUUAAAGAGUAAUUUUAAAUCCAACAUAAUGGCAAGUUUGUAAAUGUUAACGGAAUUGUGAUAUAUAAAAUGGUGAUUCGAACUACUAGUAGUGGCGCGAUGGUAGCGCGUAGAAAAACAACAGAAGUAAAACAAACUUAGAAAAACGCAAAAUGAACAUUUACCUAGCCUAGUAAAAAGAAAAUCUCUAGAGGACAUGAAAAAAAAACAAAAGUAGCGAAACACAGUUUGCAAAUAUUAUAUUGAAAAACGAAACGUGAAAGACAACAUUUAACAAGCUUAACACAAGACUCUACGAGUCGCAACAAAUUGUACACAAUUUGACCACCUAAAACGUUAGACAAAUAUUACCCUUGGGAGGCAAGAACAAAGAAAAAAAAAACGAAGAAUUAUAUGUUCGUUGGGUGUAACAUAAUCAGUUUUUCAAAUCACGUUGUUCAAAUAAUUUUUCCAACGAUUCGAGCUAUUCCUGUUUAACGUAGAUUAGAGCAAACGACAGCGCCCAAAUAUUCCUGCAAACUUUUCUCGAUAAAAUCAUUUCAAUGUACGUAAUAAGAGCUGAGACGGAAAAUUUGCUACUUAACUAUGGAUCGUGCUUACCAUUUAUAAUAUUGUAAAACUCACUCUUUCUCCCUCUCAUACACACAGACCCGUAUAUAGUUGUGGUUGUUUGAGCUUUGAGCGAUUUGCAAACAUUAUUGCUGCUAGAAGAGCAAAGUGUGUAAAUAUCAUGAGGUGUAGUUAGUUCGUGGCUCGUUUUACGGUGGGUUACUAUCACUUGAAUGCUUGCGACAGGAAGAUAGUUUAAGACGAUCGUUUCAGCAGUAGAAAACAAAGAAGUGUGACUGAAUUGCAGAUCAGUAUGGAUCGCCGCUAUCAUUUUUAGUGUUUUAAGAAGUUAACGAAUAUAAAGAUUAUAUUUGAAGUUUAUUUAAAGUGACUAGUGUAGCUAAUGCAAAGAUAAAUGAAUAUGAUCUAAUAAAAUAUAAUGUAACAGUA